CCUUCCCAAUGGCGCAGGUUCAGGGGGAAGUGGACAACAUGGAGGGGCUCCCUGCCCCCAACAACAACAACCCAUCAGCCCGCUGGGAGAGUCCUGACCGAGGCUGGGAGCGGGAGCCGCCAGGUACCUCCACUGGAGCUGCUUCACUCUUCGAGUGCUCCCGGAUCAAGGCCUUGGCAGAUGAGCGGGAGGCCGUGCAGAAGAAAACGUUCACCAAGUGGGUGAACUCGCAUCUCGCCCGCGUGGGCUGCCAUAUCGUCGACCUCUACUCUGACCUCCGGGAUGGCUUCGUGCUCACGCGGCUCCUGGAAGUGCUGUCCGGGGAGCAGCUGCCGAGGCCCACGCGCGGCCGCAUGCGGAUCCACUCGUUGGAGAACGUGGACAAGGCGCUGCAGUUCCUGAAGGAGCAGCGUGUCCACCUGGAAAACGUGGGAUCGCACGACAUCGUGGACGGGAAUCACCGGCUGACGUUGGGGCUGGUCUGGACCAUUAUCCUGCGCUUUCAGAUUCAGGUCAUUAAAAUUGAGACUGAGGACAACAGGGAGACUCGCUCGGCCAAGGAUGCGCUGCUCUUGUGGUGCCAGAUGAAGACAGCUGGUUAUCCGGAGGUAAACAUUCAGAAUUUCACCACCAGCUGGCGGGAUGGUUUGGCCUUCAAUGCCCUCAUUCACCGGCACAGGCCCGAUCUCGUGGACUUCAACAAACUGGCCAAGUCUAACGCCAACUACAACCUGCAGAGAGCCUUCCGCACAGCGGAGCAGCAUCUGGGGCUGGCACGGCUGCUGGACCCUGAAGAUGUGAACAUGGAGGCCCCAGAUGAAAAAUCCAUCAUCACCUAUGUGGUCUCUUUCUACCACUAUUUCUCCAAGAUGAAGGCCCUGGCUGUGGAGGGGAAGAGGAUUGGGAAGGUGCUGGACCAGGUGUUGGAGGUGGGGAAGAUCAUAGAGCGCUAUGAGGAGCUGGCGGCCGAGCUGCUGGCCUGGAUCCACCGCACCAUUGCCCUCAUCAGCAACCAGAAGUUCGCCAACUCGCUGAGUGGGGUGCAGCAACAGCUUCAGGCUUUCACAGCCUACUGCACCCUGGAGAAACCCGCCAAGUUUCAGGAGAAGGGCAACCUGGAGGUGCUGCUCUUCAGCAUCCAGAGCAAACUCCGGGCCUGCAAUCGUCGCCUCUUCGUGCCUCGGGAGGGCUGUGGCAUCUGGGACAUAGACAAGGCAUGGGGUCAGCUGGAGAAGGCUGAGCACGAGCGGGAGGCUGCCCUGCGGGCUGAGCUGAUUCGACAGGAGAAGCUGGAACUACUGGCCCAGAGGUUUGACCACAAGGUGGUUAUGAGGGAGAGCUGGCUGAACGAGAACCAGCGGCUGGUCUCCCAGGACAACUUCGGGUAUGAGCUGCCAGCGGUUGAGGCAGCCAUGAAGAAGCACGAAGCCAUUGAGGCAGACAUCGCAGCCUAUGAGGAACGGAUACAGGGUGUGGCGGAACUGGCACAGGCUUUGGCAGCUGAAGGCUACUAUGAUACCCGGCGUGUGGCUGCUCAGCGUGACAGCGUCCUGCGCCAGUGGGCCUUGCUGACCGGACUAGUAGGUGCCCGGCGAAGCCGGCUUGAGCAGAACCUGGCCCUGCAGAAGGUGUUCCAGGAGAUGGUCUACAUGGUGGACUGGAUGGAAGAGAUGCAGGCUCAGCUGCUGUCCCGGGAGUGUGGGCAGCAUCUGGUGGAGGCAGACGACCUGUUGCAGAAGCACGGGCUGCUGGAGGCAGACAUUGCAGCCCAGAGCGAGCGCGUGGAAGCUCUCAACGCUGCGGCCCUGCGUUUCUCCCAGUUGCAGGGCUACCAACCUUGCGACCCGCAGGUCAUCUGCAACCGCGUGAACCACGUGCAUGGCUGCUUGGCAGAGCUGCAGGAGCAGGCGGCACAGCGACGCGCGGAGCUGGAGGCCUCGCGGAGCUUGUGGGCUCUGCUGCAGGAGCUGGAGGAGGCUGAGAGCUGGGCGCGGGACAAGGAGCGCCUCCUGGAGGCCGCGGGCGGCAGCGGCGCGGCUGGCGCGGCGGGCGGCGCGCACGACCUGUCCAGCACCGCUCGCCUGCUGGCGCAGCACAAGAUCCUGCAGGGCGAGCUGGGCGGGCGACGGGCGCUGCUGCAGCAGGCCCUGAGGCGCGGCGAGGAACUGACUGCGGCCGGCGGCUCCGUGGGCCCGGGCGCCGAGACCGUGCAGCUGGCGGGCCUGGCGGAGCGCUCGGCGAGUGCUCGGCGUCGCUGGCAGCGGCUGGAGGAGGCGGCGGCGAGGCGCGAGCGGCGUCUGCAGGAGGCGCGGGCGCUACACCAGUUCGGCGCCGACCUCGACGGACUCCUGGACUGGCUCCGCGACGCUUACCGCCUGGCAGCCGCCGGCGACUUCGGCCACGACGAAGCGUCCAGCCGGCGCCUGGCGCGACAGCACCGCGCGCUCACCGGCGAGGUGGAGGCGCAUCGGGGGCCCGUGGGCGGCCUGCGGCGCCAGCUAGCGGCACUGGGAGGUGCCAGCGGGGCCGGGCCACUGGUGGUGGCACUGCAGGUGCGCGUAGUGGAGGCUGAGCAGUUGUUCGCCGAGGUGACUGAGGUGGCCGCGCUGAGGCGCCAGUGGCUGCGGGACGCGCUCGCCGUGUACCGCAUGUUUGGCGAGGUGCACGCGUGCGAGCUGUGGAUCGGCGAGAAGGAGCAAUGGCUGCUCGCCAUGCGGGUGCCUGAUUCGCUCGAUGACGUCGAGGUGGUACAGCACCGCUUCGAGAGCCUGGACCAGGAGAUGAACAGUCUGAUGGGCCGUGUGCUGGAUGUGAACCACACGGUGCAGGAGCUGGUGGAAGGAGGUCACCCCAGCUCAGAUGAAGUGCGCUCCUGCCAGGACCACCUCAACAGCAGGUGGAACCGCAUUGUGGAGCUGGUAGAACAACGCAAAGAGGAGAUGAGCGCGGUGCUGCUGGUGGAGAACCACGUGCUGGAGGUGGCCGAGGUGCGUGCCCAGGUGCGCGAGAAGCGGCGAGCGGUGGAGAGCGCGCCCCGGGCUGGCGGUGCCUUGCAGUGGCGUCUCAGCGGUCUAGAAGCCGCUUUGCAAGCGCUGGAGCCGCGCCAGGCGGCCCUUCUGGAGGAGGCAGAGCUCCUGGCCGUGCGUUUCCCUAUGCAAGCAACGAGGCUGCAGCAGGGCGCCCAGGAGCUGGGUGUUGAGUGGGGUGCUCUGGCCGGCGCCGCUCAGGCCUGCGGCGAGGCAGUGGCAGCAGCUGGGCGCCUCCAGCGUUUCCUGCACGACUUGGACGCUUUCCUGGACUGGCUUGUGCGUGCCCAGGAGGCAGCGGGUGGCAGUGAGGGGCCCCUGCCUGGCAGCCUGGAAGAGGCGGAUGCUCUGCUGACGCGCCAUGCUGCGCUCAAGGAGGAGGUGGACCAACACGAGGAGGACUAUACGCGUAUCGUGGCGGCCAGCGAGGCGCUUCUGGCGGCCGAUGGCGCCGAGCUGGGCCCAGGCCUGGCACUGGACGAGUGGCUGCCACAUCUCGAAGUUGGCUGGCACAAACUGCUUGGCUUGUGGGAGGCGCGAAGGGAAGCGCUGGUCCAGGCGCACAUCUACCAGCUCUUCCUGCGCGACCUGCGCCAGGCACUGGCCGUGCUCCGCAACCAGGAGGUGGCGCUGUCUGGUGCGGAGCUCCCGGGCACCGUGCAAACAGUGGAAGAGGCGAUAAAACGGCACCGGGAUUUUCUCACCACGAUGGAGCUGAACCAGCAAAAGAUGCAGGUGGCGGUGCAGGCUGCGGAGGCCCUGCUGAGGCAGGGCAACGUCUAUGGGGAGCAGGCCCAAGAGGCCGUGGCCAGGCUGCUGGAGAAGAGCCAAGAAAACCAGCUUCGGGCCCACCAGUGGAUGCAGCGACUACAUGACCAGCUUGGACUGCAGCACUUCCUCCGAGACUGCCACGAGCUGGAUGGCUGGAUCCAUGAGAAGAUGCUGAUGGCGAGGGACGGCACACGGGAAGACAGCCACAAGCUGCACAAGAGAUGGCUCCGGCACCAGGCAUUUAUGGCCGAGCUGGCCCAGAAUAAGGAGUGGCUGGAGAAGAUCGAGAGGGAGGGCCAGCAACUGAUGCAGGAGAAGCCAGAGCUGGCGGCCUCUGUGCGGAAGAAGCUGGGUGAGAUCCGGCAGUGCUGGGCAGAGCUGGAGAGCACGACCCAGGCCAAGGCGCGGCAGCUCUUUGAGGCCAGCAAGGCCGACCAGCUGGUGCAGAGCUUUGCUGAGCUGGACAAGAAGCUCCUCCACAUGGAAAGCCAGCUGCAAGAUGUGGACCCUGGGGGGGACCUGGCCACUGUCAACAGCCAGCUCAAGAAACUGCAGUCAAUGGAGUCCCAGGUGGAGGAGUGGUACCGCGAGGUGGGAGAGUUGCAGGCGCAGACGGCGGCGCUGCCGCUGGAGCCGGCGAGCAAGGAGCUGGUGGGCGAGCGGCAGAACGCGGUGGGCGAGCGCCUGGUGCGCCUGCUCGAGCCGCUGCAGGAGCGCCGCCGCCUGCUGCUAGCCUCCAAGGAGCUGCACCAGGUGGCGCACGACCUGGACGACGAGCUGGCAUGGGUUCAGGAGCGGCUGCCACUGGCCAUGCAGACAGAGCGAGGCAGCAGUUUGCAGGCUGUCCAGCAGCAUAUCAAGAAGAACCAGGGUCUUCGGCGAGAGAUCCAGGCUCACGGGCCGCGCCUGGAGGAGGUGCUGGAGCGCGCGAGCGCACUGGCGUCCCUGCGCAGCCCCGAGGCGGAGGCCGUGCGCCGCGGCCUGGAGCAGCUGCAGAGCUCCUGGGCCGGACUGCGGGAGGCGGCGGAGCGGCGGCAGCAGUCGCUGGACGCCGCCUUCCAGGUGGAGCAGUACUACUUCGACGUGGCUGAGGUGGAGGCAUGGCUGGGCGAGCAGGAGCUGCUCAUGAUGAGUGAGGACAAGGGCAAGGAUGAACAGAGCACUCUGCAGCUGCUCAAGAAGCACCUGCAGCUGGAGCAGGGCGUAGAGAACUACGAGGAGAGCAUCGCGCAACUGUCGCGCCAGUGCCGGGCGCUGCUGGAGAUGGGGCACCCGGACAGUGAGCAGAUCAGCCGGCGGCAGUCGCAGGUGGACCGUCUGUACGUGGCGCUCAAGGAGCUGGGUGAGGAGCGCAGGGUGGGCCUGGAACAGCAGUACUGGCUGUACCAGCUCAGCCGCCAGGUGGAUGAGCUGGAGCACUGGAUUGCGGAGAAGGAGGUGGUGGCCGGCUCGCCUGAGCUGGGCCAGGACUUUGAACACGUCUCGGUAUUGCAGGAGAAAUUUUCAGAGUUCGCCAGUGAGACAGGCACGGCAGGGCGCGAGCGGCUGGCGGCCGUGAACCAGAUGGUGGAUGAGCUGAUCGAGUGUGGCCACACGGCAGCAGCCACCAUGGCCGAGUGGAAGGAUGGGCUGAACGAGGCAUGGGCCGAGCUGCUGGAGCUGAUGGGCACACGGGCCCAGCUGCUGGCCGCCUCCCGGGAGCUGCAUAAAUUCUUCAGCGAUGCCCGGGAGCUCCAAGGACAGAUUGAGGAGAAGCGGAGGAGGCUGCCCCGCCUGACCGCUCCACCUGAGCCGAGACCCAGUGCCAGCUCCAUGCAGCGUACCCUGAGAGCCUUUGAGCAUGAUCUGCAGCUCCUCGUGUCCCAGGUCCGGCAGCUGCAGGAGGGGGCGGCCCAGCUGCGGACCGUGUAUGCUGGUGAGCACGCUGAGGCCAUCGCCAGCCGGGAGCAGGAGGUGCUGCAGGGCUGGAAGGAGCUGCUGGCAGCCUGCGAGGAUGCCCGCCUGCACGUCAGCUCCACGGCCGACGCCCUGCGCUUCCACAGCCAGGCCCGAGACCUGCUCUCCUGGAUGGACGGCAUCGCAGGCCAGAUUGGGGCAGCCGACAAGCCCAGGGACGUGUCGUCAGUGGAGGUGCUCAUGAACUACCACCAGGGCCUGAAGACCGAGCUGGAGGCGCGGGUGCCUGAGCUGACUGCCUGCCAGGAGCUGGGACGCUCUCUGCUGCUCAACAAGAGCGCCAUGGCUGAUGAGAUCCAGGCACAGCUGGACAAGUUGGCAACGAGGAAGGAGGAAGUGUCGGACAAGUGGGACCGCCAUUGGGAGUGGCUGCAGCAGAUGCUGGAGGUGCACCAGUUUGCCCAGGAGGCCGUGGUGGCUGAUGCCUGGCUGACAGCCCAGGAGCCGCUCCUGCAGAGCCGGGAGCUGGGCAGCAGUGUGGAUGAGGUGGAGCAGCUUAUUCGACGACACGAGGCCUUCCGAAAAGCAGCUGCAGCCUGGGAAGAGAGGUUUAGCUCCCUGCGGCGCCUGACCACGAUUGAGAAACUCAAGGCGGAACAGAGCAAGCAGCCACCCACCCCCCUGCUGGGGCGCAAGUUCUUCGGGGACCCCACGGAACUGGCAGCCAAGGCAGCGCCCCUGCUGCGGCCAGGGGGAUAUGAGAGGGGCUUGGAGCCCCUGGCCCGCCGGGCCUCGGACACACUGUCGGCCGAGGUGCGGACCCGGGUGGGGUACGUGCGCCAGGAGCUCAAACCCGAGCGCCUGCAGCCGCGCAUUGACCGGCUGCCCGAGAUCCCGGGCAGGUCGGAGCCGGUGACCCCGCCGGCUGUCCCGGUGGCCCCUCCGGCUGCACCGGAGAACGCGACAGAGACCCCCGGGACCCCGGCGGCGGCGGCGGCGGCGGCGGCGGCGGCGGAGCAGACCAGGCUUCGGCCGGAGCGCCAGGAGUCAGCUGAUCGCGCGGAGGAGCUGCCCCGGAGGCGGCGGCCAGAGCGCCAGGAGUCGGCAGAUCAACCCGAGGAAGCUGCACGGAGGCGGCGGCCGGAGCGCCAGGAGUCGGCGGAGCACGAGGCGGCGCACAGUCUCACGCUGGGCCGCUACGAACAGAUGGAGCGGCGGCGGGAGCGGCGGGAACGGCGGUUGGAACGGCAGGAGUCCAGCGAGCAGGAGACGCCGGCCAGAGGGGACCUGAUUAAGGGGAAGGCCACCCUGGCUGACAUUGUGGAGCAGCUGCAGGAGAAAGAGGCGGGCCCAGGGCUCCCUGCUGGUGUGCCGUCGCUGCCUCAGCCUCGUGAGCUCCCCCCUGGCCGUCUGCCCAAUGGCCUUGAGCCACCGGAGCGGACACCACGGCCUGAUCGGCCGAGGGCGCGGGACAGACCCAAGCCGCGUAGGCGGCCGCGGCCAAGAGAAGGUGGUGAAGGCGGGGGAAGCCGGCGGUCGCGCUCCGCCCCCGCCCAGGGAGGCUCCGCCCCUGCCCCUCCGCCCCCACCCACUCACACAGUGCAGCAUGAGGGCUUCUUGCUGCGCAAGCGUGAGCUCGACGCCAACCGCAAGUCGUCCAACCGGUCCUGGGUGAGCCUGUACUGCGUGCUCAGCAAAGGGGAGCUGGGCUUCUACAAGGAUGCCAAAGGCCCAGCAUCCGGGGGCACCCAUGGUGGGGAGCCACUGCUCAGCUUGCACAAGGCCACAAGCGAGGUGGCUAGUGACUACAAGAAGAAAAAACAUGUCUUCAAGCUCCAGACCCAGGAUGGCAGUGAGUUUUUGCUGCAGGCUAAAGAUGAGGAGGAGAUGAAUGGUUGGCUGGAGGCAGUGGCUGCCUCGGUGGCAGAACACGCAGAGAUUGCCCGCUGGGGACAGACACUACCCACCACCUCGUCCACAGAUGAAGGCAACCCCAAGCGUGAGGGAGGGGAGCGCAGGGCCAGUGGGCGCCGGAAGUGACUCCCCUAAGUCCAUGGCCUGGCGAGUCUCCCUGCCCCUUCUCUCUGCACUGCGGGCACAAAGACACUUUUUCUUCUGCAAGGGCCAGAGCCCCUAGUUCCAACGCUGCCGACUCACCACGACGGGCACCAGAAAGGAGGGGACUUCUCCUGCAUCCCAACCAGUGAUGGGGAGAUUGCUGCCCCUAUAGCCAUAUCUCGGCCCCUUCCCCCUCGCCACCCCCACCCCAGGUGCUGGGGCUCCAUUAUUUUUAUGCAAUAAUUGAGCUUAGUGGGGGCAGGCAGGGGACCAGUUGAGCCAAGGCCCCUGCCCCAUGGGCAGAUCCUGUCCCAAGAAGCUGGGGUGGUGGGGGCGUUAAUUCCUGGCCCUCCUCUCCGCCCUAAGGAUGGGCACGGGGGCGCUGGUGAGGUCCCCUGGACCAUCCAGGGUGCUAGGGGGUGGGGAGGGGACACUCCCUCCCCGCCUUUACCUCACUUCCAAUGCUGCCUUGAACUCUGUCUGGAUGGGGGAGGGGCCCUAGCCUCUGCACUCCAUCACUUCGGAGCCAUGUGGUUAAUUCCUGACUUAGUUUAUUUUUGCAAAAGGUAGACUUCCCCCUUUCCUGCCCCGCAUCCGCGCGAAGGCUUUUAAUGGGAGGGGCGUCAAAGUUCAGAACUGCCUUCCUCUUACCUCCUCCCUCAAUGUAAAUGCCACUUCUUGAGGGGAGGGGUGAGGGGAAGCCCUCCCUUGCACCCCUGCAUGCUUCUGGCUGGAGCACCUCCCUAGAGAGUGGAGGAAGCGGGUCGUGGACAGUCCCAUGGCCGCCAGGAGAAGCCGCUGGGGCCUGGGAGUGUGGGGCGGUGUGGCGGGCGCACACUGUAUGUACUUAAAAUAAACCCCUUGGCUUUGACGGUC